GUGGAGUGCAUGUUUCACUUUCACCACUUAUCGUAGGUAGCAUAGAGAUAGCAUUCUCCACUUGUUGCUAGUGUUCGGGAAUAACAGUGAGAGUGCACAGUAGUCAACGUUCGGAUACUUGGUCUUUCUCUUUUCUUUAUGAAUUCCCCGGAUUUCUCUCAGGUUUGUAAAUCCCAAUUCCGUGUUGUCUGUUCGAUACAGGGGGAAAUCGCUCUCUCCCGUGCAUUGGAAAACCCUAGAUCAUUUGAAUGCAUCAAUUUACAUAUUCCAGAUUUUGGUCUUUUUCAUUAGCUGCAGAGAGAAUGUCUGAGAAGCUUCAAUUGAGGUGGCUGAUGACUGGGUUUUUGUCAAAUCCAAUAAUGUAUUGAUGAUAAUUUUGUUGGCUGGUAGUUUGUGGAUACUCAGUACUUGAAUGGCUAACCAAGCACAACCUAAUGUUGGGUCCUCCCUCACUGUCACCCCUUCAAACCCAGACAGACAGAGUCCUCCUUCAAGUUUUGCAGCAGCACCUAGAUUUCUUCCAUCAAAGUUACAACAAGAUCAAUCAUCUUCCUCUUCCAUUAAUACCCCAAACGUUUUAUCACCAGCCAAUGGUGGCAGCAGCUCCAUUCCUCACUUGAGCACCCCUCCUGGACCUCCUAUUUUUACUUCGCCUGUCCUUCCAGCUUCUGUUCCUUUUCGCACCUCACCUGCAUCGCCUCAGCCACUUGCUUUUUAUACGGAUUCAUCUUUACCAACAUCAUCACCGCCGCAAUUUUCAAAUGGAUCUUUUGAGUUGCAGCACCAAGUUUCUGAUGGUAUGGAGGACCAUGUUCCUGUUGGGGAAUCAAACUUUGUUCUUUUUUCAGCUCAUAAGGUCUUGAAACAGAAGAAACAAGCUAAUGUACCCAGUUUGGGUUUUGGGGCAUUGGUCUCUCCUGGGAGGGAAGUCUCAGCAGGUCCUCAAGUAAUACAGCGUGAUCCACAUCGCUGCAAAAGCUGUGGAGCUUAUGCAAAUAUCUAUUGCAACAUACUGCUAGGAUCAGGCCAGUGGCAGUGUGUAAUAUGUCACAAACUGAAUGGAAGUGAUGGCGAGUACAUUGCUCCCAGCAAGGAAGACCUUCGCAGGUUCCCAGAACUAUCCUCACCCAUGGUUGACUAUGUUCAAACUGGGAACAAGAGACCUGGUUUUGUACCAGUUUCAGAUUCAAGAAUGUCUGCACCAAUUGUUCUUGUGAUAGAUGAAUGUUUAGAUGAACCUCACUUGCAUCAUUUACAGAGUUCUUUGCAUGCGUUUGUUGAUUCUCUCCCUCCAACAACAAGGAUAGGAAUUGUACAAUAUGGCCGUACCAUAUCAGUUUAUGACUUUUUAGAGGAGUCAAUUGCAUCUGCUGAUGUGCUUCCUGGGGACAAAUCACUAUCUCAAGAAUCUUUGAGAGGAUUGAUUUAUGGUACCGGCAUAUACUUGUCACCAAUGCAUGCUUCACUGCCUGUAGCCCAUGCCAUAUUUUCAUCAUUGAGGCCAUACAAGUUGAACAUACCAGAAGCUUCCAGAGAUCGGUGCCUAGGAACUGCUGUUGAGGUUGCUCUUGCUAUAAUUCAGGGACCAUCUGCAGAUCUGUCCCGAGAGGUGGUCAAAAGUUCUGGUGGCAAUAGCAGAAUUAUUGUCUGUGCUGGUGGACCAAACACGUAUGGGCAUGGGUCUGUUCCCCAUUCCUUUAAUCACCCUAAUUAUCCUUAUAUGGAAAAGACAGCAUUAAAAUGGAUGGAGAAUCUGGGUCGUGAGGCUCAUCGUCAGAACACUGUAGUUGACAUUUUAUGUGCUGGAACAUGCCCUGUAAGAGUUCCUAUUUUACAGCCUCUUGCAAAAGCAUCAGGUGGGGUUUUGGUUCUCCAUGAUGAUUUUGGGGAAGCCUUUGGCGUUAAUUUGCAAAGGGCAGCUGCCAGAUCAGCAGGCUCUCAUGGUUUGUUAGAAUUACGCAUGUCAGACGAUAUUCUCAUAACUCAAGUUGUUGGUCCUGGUGAAGAGGCACAUGUAGACACCCAUGAGACGUUUAAAAAUGACACUGCUCUUUAUAUUGAAAUGGUGAGUGUUGAAGAGACACAGAGCUUCUCUCUCUCCAUGGAAACUAAAAGAGAUAUAAAAAAUGAUUGUGUAUUUUUCCAGUUUGCAAUUCAAUAUUCAAAUGUAUAUCAAGCUGAUGUAUCGAGGGUCAUUACUGUUAGACUGCCAACUGUAGAUAGUAUUUCGGCUUAUCUUGAGAGUAUUCGAGAUGAAGUGGCUGCUGUCUUCAUUGCAAAGAGGACUCUAUUACAAGCGAAAAACCGUUCUGAUGCAAUUGACAUGCGAACAACAAUAGAUGAAAGAAUCAAGGAUGUUGCUCUAAAAUUUGGGUCCCAAUUACCCAAAUCAAAACUUCACUGCUUUCCAAAGGAGCUUUCUCUCUUAUCGGAGCUCCUUUUCCACCUCAAAAGAGGACCACUAUUGGGAAGCAUUGUUGGCCAUGAAGAUGAGAGGUCUGUGCUGCGGAAUCUGUUUCUGAAUGCAUCCUUUGAUCUAUCACUUCGAAUGGUGGCUCCUCGGUGUCUUAUGCACCGGGAAGGGGGUACUUUUGAGGAGCUACCAGCUUAUGAUCUUGCUAUGCAGUCUGAUGCUGCUGUUAUUCUCGACCAUGGCACUGAUGUCUUCAUUUGGUUGGGUGCUGAACUUGCAGCUGAUGAAGCAAGAAGUUCUGCUGCUUUAGCUGCUUGCCGGACAUUGGCUGAAGAGCUUACUGAAUUCCGUUUUCCAGCUCCUCGUAUCCUUUCAUUUAAGGAGGGUAGCUCACAGGCUCGAUAUUUUGUUUCUCGACUCAUACCUGCACACAAGGAUCCUCCUUAUGAGCAGGAGGCAAGAUUCCCACAACUUAGGUGGUUGACAUCAGAACAACGAACAAAGCUAAAAUGCAGUUUCCUUCACUUCGAUGAUCCUAGCUUCUGUGAGUGGAUGCGAAGUUUAAAAGUGGUACCACCAGAACCAACCUGAUUUUUACCCUCACGUGUAUUGGGAGCUGCAUCUUUCAAGCACCAGGGGACUCGUUUCUUAUUCUUUUUUUGUGUGAUUUGUGUAAUACAAUGUUCUUGCGUUUGUCCCCUAAACACUCGCUUCAGUGCUUCCUAUUGAUUUUUAUUUUAUUUUUCCAUUAAUUUUAGUUUUUUUGUUUUGUUUUUUAAACUGUGGCACAAAUGAAAAGAAUUCGUCACAGUGUACAGG